AUGUGUGGUGAAAAUAUGAAGCAGUUCCUCAAGGAGCUCCCAAAAUGUGAGCAUCACAUUCAUAUCGAGGGGUCUCUGUCUCCAGCUCUGCUGUUCGAAUUGGCAAAGACAAACAACAUCGCCCUUCCCGACUCUGCGGCUGAUGCCUCUUUCAAAUCUCCCCAAGAACUCGAGUCUCGCUACGAACGGUUUACUUCUCUCAACGAUUUCCUCCAUUACUAUUACAUUGGCAUGUCAGUGUUAAUAAACCCUGCCGACUAUGAAAGCUUGGCCUAUGAAUAUCUCACAAAAGCAAAUCGCGACGGUGUUCACCAUGCUGAAAUUUUCUUCGAUCCACAAGCACACACUGAACGUGGAAUUGCAUACAACACUGUUGUUGAGGGUCUUUCGGCUGGACUAAAGCGCGCUGAGAAGGAUUUUGGUAUCACCUCAAAACUCAUUCUAUGCUUUUUGCGACACUUGUCGGCUGAGGAUGCAAAAACUACAUAUCAGGAAGCGGUUUCGUUGGGUCACUUUUCAAACGGGACUGUAGCUGCUAUUGGCCUUGAUAGCAGUGAGGUCGGUUUCCCACCAGAAAUUUUCAGAGAGAUUUAUGAAUCUGCAGAAACCAAGGGGAUUCAUCGAACCGCUCACGCUGGUGAGGAAGGUGACACUUCUUACAUUUCCAGAGCACUCGACAUCUGCAAAGUUGAAAGAAUUGAUCAUGGAAUUAGGUUGGCUGAAGAUGAAAAUUUGUUAAAGCGAGUAGCGGAGCAGGGGACAAUGUUGACAGUUUGCCCACUCAGUAACGUUCGCUUGAGGUGUGUUGAGAAUGUUGGACAAUUACCAAUUCGAAAGUUCUUGGAUGGAGGAAUUAAAUUCAGCAUCAACAGCGACGAUCCAGCUUACUUUGGUGGUUACAUUUUGGAUAAUUAUCUUGCCGUUCAAGAAGCAUUUGGCUUAAAUUUAAAGGAAUGGAAAUAUAUUGCAACCAGCGCGAUUGAAGGAAGUUGGUGUGAUGAUGAGAGAAAAGCGGUGUUGUUGAGCAAGGUUGACGCUUGCGCCAAAAAGUACGAGGCAUUGCUUUGA